AUGGAAGGAUCGUACAAGGCCGUCGUGGGCGGUGCUGAUGCCUCGCCAGAUGCAUCCACAGUCUCAGGGUGCGCUACAGGACCUUACUCUGCCGCCUCAAGCUGGUCGUCGUCCGCACACUCUAUUGUUGACAAUCCUCAUGAAGAGCCGGUGUGUCACGAUCAAGUCCCUAAAACGCCGAGACCAGCAUAUAAGAAUCCAAUUGUGAGGAAAUUAAAAGUGUUUGUUGGUGGAUUACCUCAAGGCCUACAAGAAAGUGAUUUGAGAGAAUAUUUUAAUAAUUUUGGCGAUGAUGUUGUCGAGGUUGAGAUCAAAAUGGACAAGGUCACUGGUCGCUCGCGCGGCUUCGGCUUUGUCACUUUGAUGAACGGAGAUUCGACCAGACUUUUUAAUAACAAGCACAGAAUCAAGAACAAGGACAUUGAUGUCGAUGAAGUUACCGAGACGAAGAUUUUCGUCGGCGGUCUGAACCCAGCAACGGGAGAGCAAGCCGUUGUUGACUAUUUUUCCAAGUAUGGUGCGAUUGUGAACUGUGAGCUCGCCUUCGACUACGCGGGAAUGUCCAGAGGCUUUGCUUUUGUUAUCUUCGAGGAUGCGGAAGCUGUCCAUAGAACUCUCGACGCCUGUCCCUCGGGCCACACGAUAGAGGAUCGAAUGGUGGAUGUACGAAGAGCUGAACCUCGCAAGAAGCUUCCGAAUGGUCAAUCGCUUUCACAGAACAUGUUCGGCGUGCCGGAUCUGCGUCAAGGAGGUCCGAUUCGAAACGGAUCGGCACAACACCCUCCGGCAGGGCUCACGGGCACCUUCCUGGCCGUGAAUGGCCUGUCGCCGACAAGCACAUCCUCUUCUACUACCUGCGGGUCUCCGACGGCCACGCCCUUCGUAUUGGAGGGGCGAGAUGGGGCUCCGGUUCAGAGUUAUGACCCCCCAUUUGGGGUUGUUGGACCCCACUCUGGAUAUGGUGGUUAUGGAGGGCAGAGGAAAUCCGCUUCUACCAAGAUCAAGCUGGCUGGUCCACCUGGGUGA